GGACUGUUCAGCCAUGUUGACAACUUUGUGGACCAAGAAAAUCUGUCAUUCCAUGUUAAGAUCAGUUAUUUGGAAAUCUACAAUGAGAGGGUUCGAGAUUUACUGAGACCAUCUUUGCUUAAGAAAAAUGAGAAGUACACAUUAAAAGUACGGGAACACCCAAAGGAGGGACCAUAUGUUCAGGAUUUGUCAACACAUUUCAUCAAUGACAACCAACAGAUCCAGGCUAUUCUGGAGAGGGGCAAUGAAUACAGAACGACUGCAUCUACCUACAUGCAUGACCAUAGCAGUAGAAGUCACGCCAUUGUUACCAUAGAAUUCACUCAG